CUAAUCCGUUGGUCGAUUAGAUAGCGUUAAAUAACAAAACGUAUUUAUUUCGAUAAAGCGUUUAUAGAAAAAUAUUGUCAUUUCGCAAGUGUGACCUCUUGAUAUUGCACUUGUUCAGUUGAGUUCGAAACCUAACGAUGGCGUCGGAAAAAUCUACUGAAUAUGUUUGGACUCCUGACGAAUCAGACGAUGUCCCACUCAUCAUCGGGACAAAUGAACGGCAAAAGAACAAUCGGGCUAACCACUUCCGGGCCAAAAAAUUCAUACUUUACUUAAUCAUCAUCAUCCUUUCUACCACCUUAAUUGCUGCAAUCUUCUAUUUCGUUUCGAAUGAUCCGAAUUGUGAUGGUUCGAAAGCAAUGACAGCAGAGCAAACAGAUGAUGAGAUCGGAAGUUCAUGUGGUCCACUAUUCACCUGUGAUUAUUAUUUGAAUACUCCUUGCAAAUCGUCAUGCUGGCACAACACUUGGGACAUUCGAGACCGUGAAUGUCAAAAGAUGGGCUCGUUCGACUGCCGAUGGUCGUUUGCAGCUCCAACGGCCCUAUUUGGAGGUAGAUGCUACUGCUGCGAUCUUAAAUGCGGUACUUAGUAAAGUGUAUAUUCAAUGGAGAAAUAAUUGGGAAGUUCACAUUCUUACGAGCAUUGAAAGACAAGUCGUCAAUUCAUUUACAACUAAUUAAAUGUUUAUCGUCGAUAAUUA